ACUCUUGGAAGCCUGUAACAAUUCAAGCCAUGUCUCCUCCAGAACUGUAUUUGGUAAAAAGGAUCUGGUUCAUAGCCAAGAACAUUAUGAGGCUGCAGCGUCUGGGGAUAACCCAUGUUCUGAAUGCAGCAGAGGGGAAGUCAUUCAUGCAUGUGAACACUAAUGCAGAGUUCUAUGAAGGCACAGGCAUCACAUACCAUGGCAUUAAAGCUAACGAUACACAAGAAUUUAACCUCAGUCGCUAUUUUGAGGAGGCAGCUGAUUUUAUUGAGAAAGCACUUUCCCAGAAGGAUGGACAAGUGUUUGUGCAUUGCCGUGAGGGCUACAGCCGUUCUCCUACACUGGUCAUCGCCUACCUCAUGCUUCGCCAGAAUAUGGAUGUCAAGUCUGCAUUGAGCACUGUCCGGCAGAAGCGAGAGAUUGGCCCCAAUGAUGGCUUUCUAAGGCAGCUUUGCCAGCUCAAUGAGCAGUUAGUGAAGGAAGGCAAACUGAAGCCCUAGAACAGAGCACCGUAGUAUUUUUUUGAAGUUUCUCAAAGCAUCAGAGGACAUCUUAGGUGCUUUAGAUUCCCAAACCCUAACCACCAAGCUAAAUCACAUAAUGUGAGGGAGGCAGAAUUCCUGCUCUUGUCUAGUCAAAGUAUCUUUCCCGAACUCUGGGUCUGUCUGUCAAGAUGGCACAAAAUUGUGUCACUGUUCGGAGCUGUUGCAAUAAAGAGUUGUUUUUAGAGGGGUAACUCCAGUGAUAAUAGCUGUCUUCACGUGUAUUUCAGAGCCCUCUGCAGACUCUGUAGCAUAUGUGGUUUGCAUUGACAUUGAGUGUGAUUCAUUUAAGCCUUGUCUUGUAUCCCACCAGAGCGCCAUUUUCUGAGAGCCCCAAUGCAUCUCUUCGCUCACUCUUAACUGAAGUACUGUAUUUUCUAAAGCUUCUUUUUCAUGCACACAGGUGCCUAAAGUUUGAGUGUAGGAGCUUCAAGGAAUGGAGAAGCAUAUAUACAAAUGCACAGAUGCACUCGCUUGUAAAAUGAAUUGUAUGCAGUGUUGUGUUUAGUGUGGAUUUAUGCAAUACACAGUGUGUGGUAGUAAAGCCAUUCAGAGCCCAAUCUUGAUGCACACUGUAUUUCCAAGAGUAUUUGUACCUCUUGCUGUUGUGAUUGACAUGAAAUAGUCUGAUAUUAAAUGCUCUUUUAUUUUUGUUUUGAA